CGAGAAGUUACCCAAAUCCUGAUUCUGCUUCAGACAAGCUUCCUUCCUCAUAGUAAGUGACCAGCUUCGUGUUAUUCGUCUUCUAUUUACCUAACUCAGAAGUUAGAAUCCAUCUGUACCCUCAUCGCUGCCCUUUCUCCUCCACCGCCAAAAUGUCCACCGCCCUCAUCUCCACCGAGGACGCUCUCGAGCCCUCUCUCCAGUCACUCCUUGACCAGCGUAGCCUCCGCUGGAUCUUUGUCGGUGGAAAGGGUGGUGUCGGAAAGACCACCACUUCUUGCUCCCUCGCCAUUCAGCUCGCAAAGGUCCGCCGAUCUGUGCUUCUCAUCUCGACCGAUCCUGCCCACAACCUGUCAGAUGCCUUUUCCCAGAAAUUUGGCAAGGAGGCCCGCCUCGUCAAUGGGUUCGACAACUUGAGCGCCAUGGAAAUCGACCCCAACGGCAGUAUACAGGACAUGCUGGCUGGCCAGGGUGAGGCUGAUGACGUUAACGCUGCUGCUGGUGGUCCUCUUGGAGGCAUGAUGCAGGACCUUGCUUUUGCGAUCCCCGGUAUCGACGAGGCUAUGUCAUUUGCCGAAGUUCUCAAGCAGGUCAAGUCUCUUUCCUACGAGACCAUUGUCUUCGACACCGCGCCCACAGGCCACACCCUGCGCUUUCUCCAGUUCCCCACCGUUCUCGAGAAGGCUCUCGCCAAGGUUUCACAGCUGUCAUCUCAGUACGGUCCUCUACUGAACGGUUUCCUUGGUUCCGGCGGCCAGCUCCCCAAUGGCCAGAACCUCAACGACAUGAUUGCCAAGCUCGAGUCUCUGCGCGAGACUAUUAGCGAGGUCAAUACCCAGUUCCAGGAUGCCGAGCUCACCACCUUUGUUUGCGUCUGUAUCGCAGAGUUCCUCAGUCUCUACGAGACUGAGCGCAUGAUCCAGGAGCUUGCCGGAUAUGGCAUCGAUACUCACUCUAUCGUCGUUAACCAACUGCUCUUCCCCAAGAAGGCCAGCGACUGCGACCAAUGCAACGCUCGUCGCAAGAUGCAGCGCAAGUAUCUCGACCAGUAUGAGGAGCUUUACGCCGAAGAUUUCAACGUCGUCAAGAUGCCUCUUCUUGUUGAAGAGGUCCGAGGAAAGGAGAAGCUUGAGAAGUUCAGUGAAAUGCUUGUUGCUCCUUAUGUUCCUCCCGAGUAG